AUGAAAACUCCCUAUAGGAAUAGGGACAAGAGCAAAUAUUGUCAAUUUUGUAAAGAUUGUGGCCAUGAAAUAAAUGGAUGCAAACAUCUGAUGAGAGCCCUGGAAGAUUUGGCUCGCAAAGGGGAGAUGAAUUCAUACCUCCCCCAAGGGGGGAGAAAGUUUCAGAAAAGAGAUGAUCGUCAAAACAAGAGAAAAGAAAGUGAAAGUACGAACGAAGAUAUGGUGCUUGUCAUAUCUGGAGGUUUUGCAGCUGGAGGUCCAACCAGCCAGAGGCACAAAAAUUACCUAAGGGAACUCGGCCAUAUUAUGCUUACUAAUCAAGCAGAAUCUUACCCAUUUCGAAAGUUAGUUGUCAGUGAGCUGGAUCGUGGGAAAUUAAGAACCCCUCAUGAUGAUCCUUUGGUUGUGGAGAUGAAGAUUGCCAAUUUGAGAGUAACAAGGAUUUUGAUUAAUACCGGGAGCUCGACGGAUAUCAUAAGCGCAGACUGUCUGUCAAGGUUGAAGUUCAAUGAGAAUGCUUUGGUCCAAGUUCAUCACCCCAUAAUUGGGUUUGGAGGAGGAGUAAUCCACCCAAUGGGAACUGUCACCUUGCCCGUCAGGGUAGAGGACAAGGAAGCAUCCAGAACGUUGUUUGUGAAGUUUUUGGUAGUUCGAGAUUUGACGGCCUAUAAUGUCAUUCUUGGACGACCCACCUUAAACCACAUCAAAGCAGUGAUUGUUACUCAUCUGAUGUUAAUGAAAUUCGAGUGUGAUGGGGGGAGAAUUGGAUCUUUAUAUGAAGAUCAACAAGCAACUAGAGAAUGCUACCUCACUACUUUAAAACCUUCAUCAUGGAAGGGAAUAAAAUCAGAACAGCCAAAAACAGCAGAUAAUGGGGCGGCCAAGAUUGUGAAAAGUCAGGAAGAUGCUCUGAGGACUAUGGUGGAUGAUCUCCGAUGA